AUGGCGGAUGACAAGGGUAGCAAGCAGGCUACGCUAGGACGAUUCUUUGGUUCUAAUGCGAAUGGAAAUCAAGCUCCAAAGAAACAAACAACUCUGGCAUUCGGGGGCAAAAGACAACGAAAAGAUAAUGAUGCUGUAGAAGAUUCUGCAGCAUCUACUGCUACCGAUACCAAAGAUGAUAUGGACGUCAAAGAAGAAGAACCGAAAACUACCUCCGACCAGGCGAACGAAUCCGAACAUACAAAGAGCUUGAAACGAGAAAAGGUGGACGUGGCGGAGGAAAGUGAUGCUUCCGACGUUCAACCUGUUUCGAAACGCCGUCGCAAGGUUAAAAAGGAGAGCUCUCUAACUCCCAAGUCAAGCCCCCAAAAAAGUCCUAAGAAGGCAUCACCGGCGAAACAAUCCAAGUCACCUGCGGCCAAGCCUACCAAAUCUGCGUCCCCUGAACCAAUGCUGAAAAAUUCACCCGCGGAUCAAGAAGACGUCGCUGAAGAGAGUAGCGAAUCAGACAAAGAGGAAGUACUGUCAGAAAGUGACGAGGAAGUCAAGCCCGAGGCCAAGAAAAAGACAAUGGCGAAAGUGCAGGCAACUCUAACGUCAACCGGCACCGAUCCAUAUCCUGACUGGAAAGCGGGUGACCCAGUCCCAUAUGCGGCACUUUGCACUACUUUCUCUUUGGUCGAGAUGACCACGAAACGCCUUAUAAUCAUGGCCUACUGUUCCCAGUUCCUACAACAGGUCUUACGCCUCACUCCAGGGGAUUUACUACCAACCGUUCAACUGAUGAUCAACAAACUGGCUGCUGAUUACGCUGGUAUCGAACUGGGUAUUGGAGAAUCUUUGAUCAUGAAGGCCAUUGGUGAGUGUACUGGCCGCAGUCUGGCUGUUAUCAAGACCGACCAACAUGAGAUUGGUGACCUGGGACUUGUGGCUGCUAAGAGUCGAUCCAAUCAACCUACCAUGUUCAAACCUAAGGCUCUCACCGUUCGAGGUGUUCAUGAAGGCCUGCUUUCCAUUGCCAAAGUAAGUGGGCAUGGAUCUCAAGACAAGAAGAUCUCGGGGAUCAAAAAGCUCUUAUCUGCAGCGGAUGCUGCAACUGCAGGCAAAGGCAACAAGGGAGUGGAUAUUACCCAGAACAAGGGUGGACCCAGUGAGGCCAAGUUCAUCGUCCGCUUUCUGGAGGGUAAGUUACGACUUGGUCUAGCUGAGAGGACUGUGCUUGUAUCUUUAGCUCAGGCAAUUGUUUCUCAUGAGGCCGCGGUGGAGGGUAAGAAGGCUACACCGGAGAAAAUGGCCGAGGGCGAAGCGAUUCUCAAGACCGUGUACAGUGAGCUUCCUUCCUACGAAGUCAUCGUUCCCGCGAUGCUGGAACACGGUCUAUCCGGUCUUCCCAACGUCUGUAAGCUGCAACCGGGUGUUCCUCUCAAGCCGAUGCUUGCCAAACCGACCAAAUCAAUCACCGAAGUUCUCGACCGCUUUGAAGGAAAAGAGUUCACUUGCGAGUACAAAUACGAUGGAGAGCGGGCUCAGAUUCAUUUUGUGGCCCCAAGUGCAAUUGAGCAAUUCCCCGCAUCCACCACUACGUUGCAAAGGGAUGCCAAGGGUCUGUCUGCUAUCUUCUCCAGAAACUCCGAGGAUUUGUCAAAGAAAUACCCCGAUGUGCUGGGUAAGCUAGACACCUGGGUCAAAGACGACGUGACUAGCUUUGUUUUGGACUGUGAAACCGUUGCUUGGGAUACUCUCAACAAGAAGGUCCUUCCAUUCCAGCAAUUGAUGACUCGUAAGCGAAAAGACGUGAAAGCGGAGGACGUCAAGGUCAAAGUCUGCGUGUUUGCCUUUGAUCUUCUAUUUUUCAACGGAGAGCCUUGCGUAAAGAAGUCUCUUCGGGAGCGUCGGGAGUUAAUGCACCAGUGCUUCCAGCCAGUCGAAGGCGAAUUCCAGUUUGCUCAGUUUGGUGACACCAACGUUCUUGAUGAAAUUCAAGAUUUGCUCGAGGACAGCGUCAAGUCGUCCUGCGAAGGGUUGAUGGUUAAAAUGCUGGAUACUGCUGAGAGCGGGUACGAGCCUAGCAAGCGUAGUCGGAAUUGGCUUAAGGUCAAGAAAGAUUAUCUUGCUGGUGUCGGCGAUUCGCUUGAUCUCGUCGUGCUUGGUGCUUACUAUGGUCGUGGCAAACGUACUUCGGUAUACGGUGCUUUCCUUCUGGCCGCGUACAACCCAAAUAACGAGAAAUACGAGACCAUCUGCAAUAUCGGUACCGGAUUUUCAGAGGUGGCGUUGGAGGAUUUCCACAAGCAGUUGAAGGAUAUGGUCAUUGAUCGACCUAAGCCCUUUUACUCGCACUCAACCGUACCCAAAGACCAACCAGAUGUGUGGUUUGAGCCUCGUUUGGUAUGGGAAGUUAAGACUGCCGAUUUAACUCUUAGUCCCCGAUACCAAGCAGCGGCGGAUGAGUUUGUGGGGACAACCGGGGGUGGCAAGGGUGUUUCAUUGCGUUUCCCUCGGUUCAUCAAAUCUCGUGAUGAUAAGAAGCCUGAGCAGGCAACAACUACCCGUGCCGUCGCAGAAAUGUACCGGAAGCAAGAAGCUGUGGCCAAGGAGAACUCUGGCAAACGAGGCGUUGAUGAUGAUUUCGAGUACUGA